AUGGCCCAAGCGGCUCGCAAGAAGAUUGUUGUCGCUGGAGGAAAUGGGUUCCUAGGGUCGCGCAUCUGCAAGUCCGCCGUUGCUCGAGGCUGGGAUGUGACCUCUAUCAGUCGCUCCGGAGAACCUAGGUGGCCCUCCGUCAGUUCGGACCCUGCUCCCCCUCCUUGGUCGAUAUCUGUUACCUGGGCCAAAGGCGAUAUCCUAAAGCCGGCCACUUAUACUUCACAUCUUAAAGAUGCCAAUGCGGUCGUUCAUACCAUGGGGAUAUUGUUAGAAGCGGACUACAAAGGCGUCGUGUCUGGUAAAGAGAACCCACUGUCAGCGUUGUCGAGGGCAUUCAGUUCGACAAAAGCCGGUAGCUCCAAGAAUCCAAUGGACCGUCCGCCCGGUGCAGAGUUGGGGAAGGGAGAGAAGGACGGUCAGGUCACAUACGAGCUUAUGAACAGAGACUCCGCUAUUGCUCUUGCGCAGGAGGCUGAAAGAGCGGGCGCAGAUACCUAUGUUUACAUCUCAGCGGCCGCUGGAGCACCGAUCCUCCCCAGCCGAUACAUCACGACAAAGCGAGAGGCAGAGAACAUAAUUGCGAGCAAGAUGGACAAGCUGAGAAAUAUCUUCUUCCGCCCGGGGUUUUUAUAUGAUAGUAGCCGAAAGUUUACUCUGCCGAUCGCCGCUUCUGGCAUGGUCGGGAGCACAGUCAACAGCAUGCUUGGAGGCAGUUUGACCUCCAUUUUUGGCGCGGCGGUGGAAAAGCCCUUGAAAGCAGACCUGGUUGCAGACGCUGUGGUGGAAGCCAUUGAGGAUGAGUCAACCAAAGGAGUUGUGGAUAUUAAACUUAUUGAAGCUCUUGCUGCAAAGGCCUGGCGAAGGACUAUGCUUUAG